AUGGGGAAGAAAAAGAAGAAGCAAGUAGUAGUACGUCCCUGGUGCUGGUACUGUGAGAGAGAUUUUGAGGAUGAAAAAGUACUCAUACAACACCAAAAGGCAAAACACUUCAAAUGCCCACAUUGUAGCAAAAAACUGAAUACUGCUGGUGGUAUGGUAGUUCAUGUAGCUCAAGUUCAUAAAGAAACCAUUACAGUGGUUCCAAAUGCAAUUCGAGGAAGAGAGUCAACUGAUGUAGAGAUUUUUGGGAUGGAAGGUAUUCCUCCCGAAGAUGUCAUUGCUCAUCAAACUUCAUUAGAAGUAGAGAGCGGACAUGUAGUGAAGAAAUCGAGAACAGACAGCAUAGAUGGGUCAGACUUGUCAGAUGGGAAACAAUUGACGCAGCACCAAGCUAUGAUGCAAAAUCCAUCAAACGCGUACUCCUAUGGUACAUAUCCAGGAUACCCGACACAGCAGACAGCGUCCUUAAUGCCUCAUCAAUACAGUCAAUUUUAUCAACGGCCUGGUGUACCACCUACUCAGCCAUAUUCACAAGCAUAUCCGUAUCGGCCAUCCGGUCCACCGUCUGGUACACCACCGGCAGCAGCAGGCUGGCGUCCUCCAGUUGGAGGAGGACCAACAGCAGCACCUUACGGUAAUAUACCACCUUACAAUCCGUCCGGAGCAAAUCCACAAACUACCUUCAAUGGAAUGCAACCUUACGUCCGACCUGCUACUACCGCUACAUCUGUGACAUCUCCCGUGGAUGGUACCUAUCCUCCAUAUGUGACUACAACAUCGACACAAGCAGCUUACCAACAAACAGGGACAGCUAUCGCGAUGUCAAAUGGUGUAGGUACGGAAGAUGGUGGAGCAGCGAUAUCUAUAGAACAGAGUCAGUCCGUUGCAGGCCAGCAACAACAGGGACAGCAGCAAACUCAGAAGAAGCCUACGGCGACUGUGCUCGUAUAUAGCGACAAUGAAGUAUCGCCGGAAGAGAAGCGAGCAUCUCUGGAAAAAUAUCGUAUCUCUUUUGGGGCUUCUCAUAUUGUAGCACCCUCUUCUCAUCAACAUUCACGCCCCUUUUGA